GGCAAUAUAUAACUAGCGACUGAAAUUAAAGCAAAAAAGAAACAAUGGCGCACACAAGUGCAGAGCUUGUGUUCAUCCCAGUUCCAGGGGUUGGUCAUAUAAUGUCAACCAUCGAGAUGGCAAAAGUACUCGUAAAUCGCGAUCAACGUCUCUCCAUAACCGUUCUUCUCAUAAAACCUCCUUACUCUUCGUUCGCUUUAGCCUCGUACAUCGAAUCGUUGAUCAGUAAAAAGCCUAUCGAACGUAUACGUUUUAUUCAACUCGCUCAAGACGAAACCCCACCAAAGCUUGACCCAAAAGCCCCCAUGACUUCAUUCUUAGAGUACAUUAAUAGUCAUUGCAAAUAUGUUAAAAAUGUUGUGACUGAUAUGAUGAUAAACAGCAGACCAUGUUUUGGUCCAGUUGUCGGGUUUGUGGUUGAUAUAUUAUGUACCGGCAUGAUAGAUGUGGCUAAUGAGUUUCAUGUGCCAACAUACGUGUUUUUCACUUCUAAUGCCGCUUUUCUUGGGUUUAAGUUGUAUGUGGAGAAUAUUCUAUGUGUGAAUCAGGACCAAUAUGUUAUUGAGUUAAGUAACUCGGAUGGCGAGAUGAUGAUUCCAAGUUUCGUUAAGCCGGUGCCAACAAAGGUUUUUCCUGCAGUGUAUCAGACUCUAGAAGGGCUGGAUUUUUUGAAGUACUCUGUUCGAAAAAUGAGAGAGGCUAAAGGGGUCAUGGUUAAUACAUUUUUGGAGUUGGAAACACAUGCAAUCAAGUCCUUUUCGGACGCUAACUUCCCUCCGGUGUAUCCAGUUGGACCCAUACUCAAUCUAGAUGGCGUCGUUGCCGGAAAAAACGAAAACAUGGAUGUCAUUAAGUGGUUGGACGAUCAACCGCCUUCCUCGGUUGUGUUCUUGUGUUUUGGGAGCAUGGGAAGUUUUGAGGAGGCCCAAGUGAAGGAGAUAGCAUUUGCUCUAGAGCAAAGUGGCUAUCGUUUCGUGUGGUCCCUUCGUCGGCCUCCUUCACUUGAGCAGUCAUUUCAAGUCCUUCCGGACGAUUUUGAUGAUCCAAGAAUGGUAUUGCCUGAUGGCUUCCUAGAGCGGACCAUAGGAACAGGGAAAGUGAUUGGAUGGGCCCCACAAGUGUUGAUACUAGCUCAUCCAGCAGUGGGAGGGUUCGUGUCCCAUUGUGGUUGGAACUCAAUGUUAGAGAGUGUAUGGUUCGGUGUACCAGUGGCAACAUGGCCAAUGUAUACAGAGCAACAAAUGAAUGCAUUUGAAAUGGUGGUGGAGCUAGGAUUAGCGGCAGAGAUUAGAUUGGACUAUAAGAUUAACGUGUUUAAUCCGGAGGGUGAAAUGGAUAUUCUCACGGCAAAGGAGAUAGAGAGGGGGGUAACACGGCUGAUGGAGAAUAAAGAGAUCAGAGAAAAGGUGAAAGAAAUGAGCAAAAUGAGCAGAGCAACAGUGACCAAAGGUGGUUCAUCGUAUGCGUCAGUUGGCUGCCUUAUUCAGGAUUUCAUUAGUAAAUUCACAUGAGUUCAGAAUUUGUAUUACUAAGAUCUCAACUUCUUUUGUUUAUGAAGCCCAACCAAGAAAAAAGUUAUCAUGUUCUGUUUUUACCUUUUAUCUGAAUUAUAAUACUAGUUUUACUACAA